AUGGUGGACCGGGAGACUCUCUCCUCCAAGCCUCUUGUUGCGAAUGAUAGGGGAGGAUGUAAAGCAAAAAUGGGCCAGGGCUUCAUGUUCGAUGAAGCGCCCCCUGAGUGUAAACCCAUAUUUGAAUUAAAAACUCUAUUGCUUCCUAUUGAUAAUCUUAUCCUGUACUAUAAAAUAGAGCAGCACACCUACACCAUUCAAUCUGCCCUACCACUAAAGAAACGCCCUAAAGAUGCUGUAGAAAAGUAUAUGAGGCCACAACAAGGAAUGCUUUUCAAAGAUGGAUUUGCUCCAGAGUUGUGGUCGACCACCAAGAGACCAGUAAUUGUAAUUAUUCAUGGUGGAGCUUUCGUUCAAUGGAAUGGAAACAUGGAAUUUACACGCCCCGAUCCGCUACUGAAAGAGGGUGUUCUGGUUGUAUCAAUCAAUUACCGCUUGGGGGUUAUGGGUUUUCUCAACACGGAGGACUCUCAGGCGCCAGGCAACGCGGGGCUGAAGGACCAGACGAUGGCCCUGCGCUGGGUGCAGAGGAACAUCGCUGCCUUCGGAGGAGACCCCAACAAGGUCACCAUCAUGGGCGAGAGCGCCGGGGGAGCGUCCGUGCACUACCACCUGCUCUCUCCGCUCUCCAGAGGGCUGUUCCACGGCGCCAUCUCGGUGAGCGGGAGCGCGUUGCCGGCGUGGGCGCGGGUGCAGCGGCCGAGGGAGCAGGCGCUGGCGCUGAGGCGGAGAUUCGCUGGCGUCUGUUCGCAGCUGCCGGAGGAGGACAUCGUUAGCUGCCUGCGGCAGGUUGAUGCUCAGGAGCUUGUCUUCAACCAGGACGAUUUGCCGCGAGAACCGCGAAGCAGAGGAGCUUAUGCGGAAGGAAAUUUUGCUCGAGUGCCCUACAUGACUGGCUUUACAUCAGCUGAAGGAAUUCAGUGGCUUGACUGUUUUUGGCGUUUACAGUUGUGUACGGACACUUUCAUCGCAGCUGGUUCCAUGCUGACUGCCCGAGCAAUGGCACAACACAACGCUACGGUCUAUAUGUAUAAGUUCACUCGCGAUGGACCUCUUGGAAUCGGGAAGCAACUUCUAAACGCUACCGAGUAUCCUGGCGUGAUGCAUGGAGAUGACAUGCUGUAUGUGUACGACUACACUGAAGAUGCGGCAGUGGACGCAGACCCAUGGCCAGUGCCCGCCUCCGAGCAGCCCAUUCGAGAACGCCAAGCGAAGAUCUUCGCCAACAUGAUCAAGACUGGGUAUGGUUGA